UUGUUAGAUGUUUGCGUCUCUUUGUUGUGGGCGUGUCAUUACCUCCCGGACUGCGGUAACAAACACGCCUCGCGUUCCCGGCAUGCAUUGUGGAAGAGAGGCAGCAGAGGAGGGUGCGGAUGGGAGGCUGAGGAGGAGCGCAGAAGGAAAAGGAGCAUCAUUAGCCGCUGAGGAAGAGGAAGAGGAAGAGGGCUCAUCAUCCACGACUCACCAGCUCAUCGUUUUCUCCCGCUCAGGUCUCGAAUCGUUCUUCCGUCCCGUGUCGUUAUCGAUCCAUAAGUCCAUCAGCAUGAACUACCUUCGGCGGCGCCUGUCAGACAGCAGCUUUGUGGCCAACCUUCCCAACGGCUACAUGAUGGAUCUGCAGAGGCCGACCCCGACCCCUCCAGGCUCGUCCACAUCCUCCCCUGCCUCCCCUGCUGCAGAGAGGCGGCAGCCACCAAGCAUCUCCACCCAAAGCUCUGCAUCUGCCUCAGCGCCAGGCUCUGGGAACUUCCUCAGCUCCUUCUCCAGUGUUGUGAAGAGCGCACAGAUGGCCCAGAAUGUGGCUGCAGCUGCUCACGCUAAAUCAGCUGCAACUACAGCAGCUGAAGGCGCAGCAACAGGGAGCAGCCAGGCAGGCAAAGUGGCGGUACGGAAGCCCAAGAUCCUGCUGGUGAUUGAUGAUCAGCACACAGACUGGGCAAAGUACUUCAGGGGGAAGAAGCUGAAUGGAGAGUAUGAAAUCAGAGUGGAGCAGGCGGAGUUCUCAGAGAUUAACCUGGCUUCCUAUGUCAACGCUGGCUGCAUGGUGGACAUGCAGGUCAACAAAGGCGGCACCAAGGUGGUCAGAUCCUUCAAGCCAGACUUCAUUUUGAUUCGCCAGCAUGCCUACAGCAUGAUUCCUGGUGAGGACUUCAGGAACCUCAUCAUCGGCCUGCAUUUUGGCGGCAUCCCAAGUAUCAACUCUCUCUUCUCCAUCUACAAUUUCUGCAGCAAGCCUUGGGUGUUUUCUCAGAUGAUCCGGCUCUACCACGCCCUCGGUCCUGAAAAAUUCCCUCUGAAUGAGCAAACCUUCUAUCCCAACCACACACAGAUGAUGAGCACGCCGCCGUUGCCUGUGGUGAUCAAAAUGGGACACGCUCACUCUGGAAUAGGAAAGAUCAAAGUGGAGACCCAGCAGGACUUCCAGGACAUCACCAGCGUGGUGGCUCUGGCUGGGACCUACGCCACCGCCGAGCCCUACAUCCUUUCAAAAUACGACAUCCGCAUUCAGAAGAUUGGAAACAACUACAAGGCCUACAUGAGAACGUCCAUUUCUGGCAACUGGAAGGCCAACACGGGGUCUGCUAUGUUGGAGCAGAUCGCCAUGACAGACAGAUACCGCAUGUGGGUGGACUCCUGCGCCGAGAUGUUUGGCGGCCUUGAUAUCUGCGCCGUGAAGGCCGUCCAUGGAAAAGAUGGAAACGACUACAUCAUUGAGGUGAUGGACAGCUCCAUGCCUCUGAUUGGGGAACACGUGGAGGAGGACAAACAGCUGAUCACGGAGCUGGUGAUCAACAAGAUGGCCCAAGUGCUCCUGGGAGUUUCUACGCCGCUGCCUUCAUCAGUGAAGACAACCCAACCCAGAAGAGGAGGUCACCGCUCUGGUUCUGCGUCUCCAUCGCAGUCAGCUCAGGGCUCACCUCAGAGGGCUCGCUCAGCCACCACUUCUCCCAGCCAGGCCUUCCAGCCUGGACCCAUCCCUGCCUCCUCUGGUCCAGGAGGUCAGAAACCGUCCCCCCAGCUAAACAAGUCCCAGUCGCUGACCAACACCUUCACGGAGACGUUACGAGGGAAUCUGACCGACGACGAAGCCAAAGCUGAGACCAUCCGCAGCCUGCGGCAGUCCUUUGCCAGCCUCUUUUCCGAUUAGAAGUGUCCCGCGGCCGCCGCCUGCUGCUCCUGUGGCUCAUCAGGUCAUGAAAAAGGAAACAAGAGACUUCAUCUCUUCUUGAGUCUCUCAUCCUCAGCUCACAUUUUCUUCCUUCAGCAGCGUUUGUGACGUUUUCCCCAGAUCAUUGGUUAAUCUAUCACUAGAAAGGCCUGUGCAGAAAAAAACAGUACAGAGCAGAGCCUGGUAUUGUGUUGUGUUACACUUUGAGUUUUUGCAUAAAAAGUAACACUAGUAAACAAAUGAUCAUUUAGCAAAUCUUAAUUUAUUGAUGAUAAUUCCUCCUAAUGUUACUCAAUGUGACUUGCUGCCUUUUCAGUAGAGCAACACCACCACCUAGUGGAGCCUUCUGGAACAUGCAGCUGCCUUUAGGCUGUACAUUUUGAAAAUAGUUUAAACUAAGAGACGAGAUCAUCCUGCAUAGCUUUGGGCCUCAACAUUAUGAUCUCUUUCCUGCAAACAGGUGUUUCUUAUCAAGGAAACAAGCUGGAAUGCUCCUAAACUCAGUUAAUUAAGGAUGUAUAAGACACAAAUGUUAAUGGUUGGUGGGGAGUCAAAUUCCCAUCAAAUCAAAAAUUGUAUUUUCUGCGCUAUAGGGGGCAUCAGAGUCAAAGACAAUUCUGUCAGUCAAUGAGACUUUAUCGACUAUGACCGAGUUUUAGGGCCAGUUUACGAUCAAAGAAUGUUAUUUUAUUAAUUAUGACUUUAAAGUCAGACAUUUACGAGAGAAAAAAGUCUGAAAAAACCCCAACGUUGUCUGUUUAUUGGAACCUAGCUUGAAGAGGAAAGAAGUGGAACGUUUGUGAAGCUUAAUUUCUGGAUAGAAACAAAGAAUUCUGAACCUUUUGACGACUCACAACCAAAUUCUUGUCAGUGUAGCCGUCUUUCCGGGGUUCCGAGUCCAUUCCAUUUGUCUCAUUACGUCAUGAACCUGUCAUGCACAGAACACCAAAGCUGUAGGUAAACAGUUCCAUACGCCCAGAUGAAACGUCCCGUUUCAACGUAAAACAACAAAGAUGAAUGUAAAUAGUCUCUUCUAUUAGCAUUAGAACGUUGAAAAUGAAAAACAGUGCUCGUCCUCAGACAGAACCGUCACACAGACGUAGAGAUCUGGUCUUUGGAGGAAGAAAGGAUUGACCCAAGUCGUCUGCGGGGACACCGACGUCUUCAUCAACGGUGCUCUGCUGCUGCCCGGCGUUCACUUCCUGCUUGGUUUGCUCACUUCUACUUUAAUCAAACAAAUUUAAGACUUUGAAUCUCGUAAUAUUACAUUUUUUAGCGUGACCAUAAUACUCCCUAAUUAUUAACUGCGAUCACAGUAAUUCUAGAACUUAUUUAUGAGAUGCUACAUGUUAGCCAUGCUAACAGUAGCCAUGUUAGCAUUAUCAGAAUGUUUGUUACUCCCAACGUUGUUUGCAAACGCAUAUAACAACAGACUAUUAACGCUAAAACCAACUUUACUCUGACUACGCUAACUUCUAACUUUGUCAGCAACACCUAAAAAAAACACAGUCAGAAACCGCUACAUGUUAGCAACAUUAGCCUAUUUACAAUACCUGUAACUCCCAACCUUCAUGGCAACACAAAUAAAACAGACUGAUGCAGCUAAAACAAACUCUACAGUCUCUUACCAUCUCUCAAAAUUGCUUUGACAUUAGUAAACACAUCCAGAAUCUAAAUGAUAAGACACACUGUCAUUUUUUAAAAUAAUUUGAGGCUUCUAGGUGCAUCUUAUAGUGCAGAGAAUACGACUUAGGCUGAAUUUUUCUCCUUUUAAAUGCAAACAUAGAAAGUCUGCAGAGUCAAGUCCUUUUAAAUAUAUAUAUAUAUAUUCUGAUCCUAAUCGCAAAAACUCAAAGUGACACACCCAUUGGUUCUGAUACAAUGUCAAACUUUGGGAUCUUGCAGAAGAAUCCUCAGAUCUGCUCUGGACCUUUCUAGUGCUAAAUUAGAACAAGGAUUUUCCCUUUGUAGCUUACAAAAACGGUGUAAAGUCUUUGUGUGCAUUUGUUUGCAUCCGUGUGGACUCAACUUCUAGAUUGUUUGCGGAUUUCUACUGCAAUAUUUUUCCAUACCGUGUGGUUCCACCUAACUAAAGGGAGAUGUACCGAAUCCUCACCAGCAAGCUUUCCAGAAUCUUAGCCAGCAUUUCUCUGACGUUGGCGUGCUGCCGACACAUAUCGCUUUAGGACAACGCUUGGCCUAAUGUUACCAAAGUGCUGUUAUUAGAACAUAAGAAGCCCUCUGCACUAAAAACUCUCACUAAAUGGAUAAAACCACAUCCGAGCUUCUGAUUUCCAUAAGGUGCAAAUGCUGUAACAGCUAACAGACACUGUCUUCCAUCACAGCUGAGACGCUUUACUUCAAUCAAAGUUUAGUUACUGUCCAGACUGAGGUAAAACUGAGGCAACAUUGUAAACUUUUUAAACUAAUCCAACUAAAACUAAAAAUGAAUUUGAUUUUCUUUCUACAAAUGAAAGCAGACGAACAGAAAUUGUCCAGCUAACUUUAGUUGUUUGUUAGGCUGCGUGUUCAGAAUGAAGUGGCAGCACCCAAUGUUGUUGUUUAAACAUUUUGGAAAGUGCGAGAAGGUAAAGAUAGAACACUUUGAUUUAAGCUGUCCUUUUGUUUUCUGAAUUACUGUCUGGAAGCUAAAAAAACCCAAAAACGACUCAUUUAAAAACCCAAAUACAAAAAAAGAACAAAUGUGAUCAAAUAACUAGAAACCAUCUAAAUGUUUAUUCCGUUUUUAAAAAGGGAACUUUUGAUUAACCCAGGAAGAGCUUCUUUUUGUUCUAUUUUUUUUGUUCCACUUCCACUUGUACAUUCUUCAAAUCAAUUUUAAAAUAAGACAAUUUGCUGUAAAUACAGAAGAAAAAAGUAGGCUCUGCUAGUAGUGUUAGCAUUCCACUAACUGUGUUAGCAUCCUGUUAGUGUUGUUAGCAUCCUGCUAAUAGUGUUAGCAUUCCACUAACUGUGUUAGCAUCCCCCUAACGGUGCUUGCAUCCCGCUAAUAGUGUUAGCAACCUGCUAAUGGUGUUAAAAACCUGCUAAUGGUGUUAGCAUCUUGUUAACAGUGUUAGCAUCCUGCUAGUAGUUUUUUUAUGCAUUUGUGUCCACCACAGCACUGCUUGUGCUUCAGGUCAAGGUUAGAUUUUGGACGUGAUUCCAUAAAUAUUGUUGGUUUUUCAACUGACAUAUUAAUAACAGUGUAAAGAAAAACCGGGAGACAUGAGUAGCUGCAGGACGCUCACGCAGUUUGGAUGCUAAUUCAAGCCAAACGGUAAAUUGAAAUGAAAGAUGUGGAGCAUUUUGUGAUUUUUAAUAGAUACUUUUGUUUGUCACCAAAGAAGAAUUUUUAAAUAUUUCCCAGAACAUCUGUGAGAUUUCUCUGUUUUCUUUGCAGACUUUUCCGUCAAACUGAGACGUUUAAAACAUUUUCUCGUAAUAAUUUGUGGGUUUUAUUUAUUUGUUUAGGGUUUUUUGCCAAAUUUGAAGUAAAAGCUAAAGCAACACUGGGGAUGAAUUCAGAUUCAUUUCUGUUGCUUUUGCCUUCAUUCUUAGAUAAUCCUCCAUAAUCCACAGCACUGCAGUGUGAGAAGCCAUAACCAAUCAAUAAACAAAAAUGCUGUGACAUCAUGGAGGAUUUGACUCUGAUCACUGUGUUGGUGACCCGCCCCGCCCUCCGCACUCUCUAUGGGGGAGGGCCCACUGAUGUCACCUUCCUGGACAAGGUAAAAAUAUACUUUAUGUACUUGAUACACAUCAUUUAUUUUCUGAAAAUAAUUCUGCGUGAUCAAUCUCACUUCAGCUCCAUUUUAUUUGUAACUAUCGUUUUAACUUGAUCUAUGAUUGCGUAAAACACUUUUUGACUUUGAACUUACACUGACAACAGUCGAACAUAAUUUUGGUCGUUUUUGAGGAUCUGAACGUUUACAUUUUUAUCUGGUCUAGGUGGAUGGGUGAGGGUUUUGAGGUUGAAAACAGUAACUUUCAUUUUUAAGAAGCCACUCAAAUACAAAGAUAGCUGAAACUCCAAUUGAUGUCAUAUUCGGAGACACCAAACGCUUACAGCAGGAUUAGAUUUAGUCUUUUUAAUAGAACUGGAUUGUUUUUUUGGUUUACUAACGGUAACAUCUACUAUUAUCACACACCAAUGUGUGACGGCCUUGAAAUGAGGCCAAACCAUUUUUAAAGCUUAUUUGACCCCAAAAGCGUUUUGUUCUGUGGAGGAAAGACGUGGUAUUAUCUAUUAUGUUGUAGAACUAGAGUCAAACAGUUUUUGUUGAAUCAGAAAGGCUCGUGUGGAUUUAAAUCCUAGUUUCGUGAGGACUUUUCAUUGGCUCAUUAAAAAAAAUAAACCGGUAAAAGUCAUAGUUAUGUGGAUAUAAAAAAACUUCAUCAGAGUCAAGCAUGAGGAUGUUUCUGCUGUCAUCUAAAAAAUGUCACUGUCCAUAGAAUAUCCUAUGCAGCUAACGCUGUAUGUCAUGAUAUAAAAAAAAACGUUUCUUCUUUUUGUUGGUUUGAAACCUAAAAUGAUGGAGGAAGCCUUUGAAUCAAACACUGGCAGGUUUGGUUGGGUUCAUUGGUUUGGAUCUAUGGCGAAGUGAGAAGAUACCGGCCUUUAUAUAUUUAUGUAUUUAUUUAUUUAUUUGAAUAUUUAACAAAUAGGACCAACCAGUUUUGGUUGCGGUUUUUUCCUCGUCUCGGUCAGGCAAUAUCGCCCCCGAGUGGCCGGCGCCUGGAGCGGACUUUUGGUCUCACGUUCGUGGUUUUGUUCUUGGUCGUUUGGAGAAAAGGCAAUACUUUGUUGUGAACUGGGUUGCGUGGUCUGGAUCCAGUCUCGGUGCGUUAAAGCCAUACUUCGCCUCACAAUCAAACAAAUAUGCAGCAACAGAGACUUUCCAUAAAAAAAGCCACGCCCACUUUGUCUGUUCAUGAGAGGAUUGCUGUCACUGCACGGGGGCUUAUUGAUUUUGUUCAGUCCACUCUGUCCCUUCUUCCAUGCUGAAUGGUGGGCUGUGCCGUGUGGUUCUUUCCGUGUAUUAACGUUGUGUAUAUCUGUGUAAAUGUGGCAUGAGAACCAACUCUUUUGUGCCUCAGGUGUGUACAUUUGGUGGUCAUGUGAUCCUAAUGUCUGGCUUCUAAUUUGUGAGAUGCAUCUCUUGUGUUUCUGCGGUAUUACCAGUACCAAUAUUACUCCUGUACUUUUGUCUGAAAACGAUCGUUCUGUUAAUAAAGCUUACAACUUUUACUACA